AUGUUAUCGAGUCGUUUUGAUUUGUUUAUUGGUAUUGGUAUUGGAGCUUUAUCCGUAAUUCUUGUCAUUAUUAUUGCAACAAUUGUAUUUUGUAAAUGUUGUCUACCAUCAAGUAGAAGAUAUUGUGUAAGAUCCAUCAGUAACUAUGGUGCAAUUGGUAAUGUUGAACCAAAAACAUAUUUUAGACCACCAGAACAUCUCAAUCAUGCUCCCAUCGUUCAAUUACAACAACCUCCUGUUAUUACUCAAGAAACCAUUUCUACUUCACCUCGCACAUCAGUUGCAAGUGGCCGUUUAUCAAUAUUAUCUGAAAAAUUAUCUCGCCUUUCAAUUAGUUCGGCAAAUUCCCGGCCAUCUGUGGCAUCAGAUUCAAUUCUAUUACAUAAGAAAAGUGAAACACGUAUGUCUCAAUCAUAUGAUGAUAAUGAUGCCAAAGCCGUAAGAAAACACUAUACACGACGUGAAUCAAGGGUACACAAUAAACCUCGUUUAUCUACGGCUAAUUGUGUAAAUAUUAAUGAAAUUGAAGAGGGAACAAAAGCGAUUCGUUUUAAAUUAUUUCCAGAUUCAGAUACUGUUGAAAAAUCAAUAUCAAAUAUUAUGCCACCAUUAGAAAGUGAACAACCACAACUAAAAACAAAUUCAGCCACUGGAGCAUCAUCAAUCACUUGUACAAGACAAUCUCUGUUACGUUCACCAUCUGCUCGAUAUGCUAUACCAAAGUUUCCGAUUUCUAAUCCAAUAAAAGCACAAACUUCUGUCACAUCACCGCGCGUAUCAAUUGCUGAAUGGACUGCACCACUAAUUGGAAAAGUUGUAAAUUACUGUGAUCAAGGUCUACUAUCUCCACCAUCUUUGACUGGUGGAGAAAAAGAAACAUUGAGUUUACGUUCAAAAUCGAUUAGUACAACUACAAAUGAAAGUGCAUUAUUAUCGUUAAAACAACAAUUUCAUGUUGAAAGAGCGUUACGUGGUGCACUUGGAUCAAUAUCACCCGAUAUGUAUAUGCAACGAGGUGGAAAAGGAGGAUUCUUAGAUGAUGAAGCAGCUAUCGUGAAAGAAAAUUCAAGGAAAUUACAUUUAAGAAUACAAUAUGAUGAUCAUAGAAAUGAAUUAAUUGUCAAUGUUAUUGAAGCUCAAGGUCUUCCAAUUGAUAAAGAAGAAUUUUCUAAUCCCUAUGGAAAAUUGUAUUUACGUCCUCCUGUUGAUCAAAAAUUACGUCAAACAUCCGUUCAACAUCAAACAUUAAAUCCAUGUUGGGAUGAAUAUUUUAAAUUUAAUGUAGCCACAGCCGAUCAAUUAAAAACAAAAACACUCUUUCUUUAUAUUUAUAAUUAUGAGCAAAAUAGUCGUCCAGAAUUUAUUGGUGAAACACAAGUCAAAUUAACACCACAAAAAACGAAUGGAAGUGACCUCUGGUGUAACAUAACUAAACAACGAUCGGAAGAUGAAUAUCUUGGUGAAUUAUUAGUAUCGUUGACCUAUUUGGUACAAGCAGAGAGACUUAAUGUUGGCAUUGUUGAAGCAAGAAAUUUAAAAGCAUUAUCGAUGCAUAAUGAAGCGGAUCCCAUUGUUCGUUUAACGUUUACAAUUGGUCAUGACAAAGUCAAACGUAAAAAGACAAGUGUCAAACGAAAUACAUUGAAUCCAAAAUGGAACGAAGAAUUAUCAUUUAAUACAUCUGGUAUUGCAUUAACCGAAUGUUGCCUUGAAUUAGGUGUUUAUCAUCAUGAUUUAAUUGGUCCUGAUGAACCACUUGGAUUUUUACGUUUUGAAACAAAACCCAAUGGUACAUUAUUGAAUUCUACAAGUCAAAUUCAUAGUGAAAUUAUUCAUUGGACAGAAGUUAUUGAAUGUCAACAACGAACGGCUGUAUGGCAUGUUUUACAUAAAGCAGCUGGUAUACAAGGAAUAACAUCAUCGUCUUAA